AUGUCUCUCUGGAAGGAAUGCAAGGAGGAACCAUGUGCACCCUUUGUUAAGGGAAAACUCUGCGAACUCCCGGCAUGUAGUCAGAAUUUUGUUGCUCACUGGGUCAACGUUUGCAAACCAAAAGACGUCUAUAUUUGUGACGGCAGCAAAGCGGAGGCUGAUAAAAUUAUUGAAGACCUCAUUGCUGCUGGACAACUUCGCAAACUCAAGAAAUAUGAAAAUAACUAUCUCUGUUGCACGGACCCCAAUGAUGUCGCCCGUGUCGAAUCAAAGACCUUCAUCUGUACCCCUGAUCAAUAUUCCACUGUACCACACGUUGCUCCAGGUGUCAAAGGGAUUCUUGGUCAAUGGAUCUCUCCCGAUGGCCUUAAUGAAGCUUGCAAAGAGCGCUACCCUGGUUGCAUGAAUGGACGCACAAUGUUCGUCAUUCCAUUCUCAAUGGGUCCCAUUGGCUCUCCAUUAUCUAAGAACGGUAUUCAAUUGACCGAUUCUAAAUAUGUCGUGCUUUGCAUGCGCAUCAUGACCCGUAUGUCACCAGAGGUUCUAAAAUAUAUUGAGAAGGACGGUACGUUCGUGCGCUGUGUUCACUCAAUUGGUCUGCCCGAGCCACACACUGGAGUUAAAGUUAUCAACAACUGGCCAUGCAACCCAGAGAAAACUAUUAUUACCCACAUUCCCGAUGAACGCUUGAUUAUGAGCUUUGGUUCCGGCUAUGGUGGCAAUUCCCUUCUUGGUAAGAAGUGCUUCGCUCUCCGUAUUGCCAGCCGAAUUGCCCUCGAUGAAGGCUGGUUGGCUGAGCACAUGCUCAUCAUGUCUGUCACCAACCCUAAGGGAGUUGAAAAGUUUGUUUGUGCUGCUUUCCCAAGUGCUUGCGGUAAAACCAACAUGGCUAUGCUCACACCAAGCCUUCCUAACUGGAAGAUCAUGUGCGUCGGUGACGAUAUUGCUUGGAUGAGAUUCAACGACCAAGGCGAACUCAGAGCCAUCAAUCCAGAGGCCGGUUUCUUCGGUGUUGCCCCCGGAACAAACCACAAGACCAACCCAAAUGCUCUUGAGAGCUGCAUGAAGAACUCUGUCUUGACCAAUGUUGCUGAGACUGACGAUGGUAGAUUCUUCUGGGAGGGUCUUGAAGAUGAAUAUGGAGAUGUUCCAUGCACCACUUGGUUGGGUGAAAAGACCACGACUCGGGCCAAGUGCACUAAACCCAAGGCCCAUCCCAACUCUCGUUUCUGCUGCCCAGCUUCUCAAUGUCCCAUUAUCCAUCCGAAAUGGGAGGACCCCGCUGGUGUCCCAGUUUCUGUCUUCAUGUUCGGUGGUAGACGUCCUGAGGGUAUUCCUCUUGUCUAUGAGGCCCGCAGUUGGGAACAUGGUGUUAUGAUUGGUGCUCAGGUCAAGUCUGAAGCUACUGCGGCUGCUGAAUUCAAAGGUCGCCAAGUUAUGCAUGAUCCCAUGGCUAUGCGUCCCUUCAUGGGUUACAACUUUGGCAAGUACUUGCAGCACUGGCUUGAUAUGAAUAAGCCUAACCGUAAGAUGCCAAAGAUCUUCCAUGUCAACUGGUUCCGCCUUACCAAGGACGGCAAAUUCGCAUGGCCCGGAUUUGGUGACAACAUCCGUGUUAUCGAUUGGUGCCUUCGCCGUUGUAAUGGUGAAGAUAUUGCUGAGGAAUCUCCAAUCGGUCUUCUUCCUAAGAAGGGUACUCUCGAUAUGACCAAUUUGAAUUGUGACUGGGAUGCAAUCUUCCAUUUGGACAAAACCUAUCUGCUUGAAGACAUCAAUGAAACAACUAAGUUCCUUGAUGAACAGGUUGGUGAAGACCUGCCACAGGCCGUCAGACAUGAACUUGAAGAGCAGAAGAAGCGCAUUGAGGCUAUGUAA